UAGGAUGAUGCCGAAAUUACUAGAUGGGAUACAGUUGGUCAAUUUGACUUAAAACGUUUUGUUGUUGCAUUUAGCCAACACUAACCCUUUUCCUAACCUUAACCUAAUGAUCCUAACCUGCUGCUUAGGUUCUCCCAAACUUGCUAUGAAAAGUCAAUUUUGAGAAAAGCUGUAUCCCUUAUAGACAAACCGGUUGAUGCUUGAGUUUCCGACUUCAAAUUCCGAGUUAGAUGACCGUUCAAAACUAUUUUCCCAGUUGAAGUUCAUUUUUAUCCUAGUUUCCAGUUGUUUUGAACGCACUGAAGUCGGAGAUUUCCCAGUUCCGGGAUGUUUUGAACAAACCAAGUAGCCUAGCCUAUUCUGAUUUGACGUUUGAGUUGCGAGUGCGACACCACUCUGAGUUGAACUGGCAGUCCAAACUUCAUAGGUCAAUGGAAAGCGGCAAAAGUGCAGGCACAUGUUUCCCAGGUAAUCCCCCACUCAUACGCACUGAAUGCUGCGGGUGAUUUGCUGCUACUCUCUGACAGCAACCAUCAAACCGAAUCCCAGAGACUGGGCUUGGGUAUUCAAGAUUAGAUUAUAUACCUUUUGUCAUGAAUGUUCAUAUGUGAUCUGUUUCAUCUGACAUUAUGAUAUGGAUUGUUUUAACCUAUAUUCAACAAUAAAUAUCCAUAGUCUGGAAUAUCUCCCUAUGUUGUCAGUCAUGAUUGUUUAAUAACUGCAUUAUUGUGCAGGUGGGCUGGGGCACCACAAAGGACACAUUUGUGUGGGUAGAACCAUCAUUGGAUCCAAUAGGACAGGAUCUAGUUAGAAAACAAGUGGUUUUUCGUGGUAAGACCAUGUGUGCAUUUUAUCCUCAGACUUUUCAACUAACAUGGACUUUGAUAUUAAUCAGUGUGCUCAGUUUAGGUUACACUUUCUUGAUGGUACCAGUAGGCCUAUGUUAACUUCUUGAUUUUAUACACAAAAAAUGUAAAUGUACUUUUCCUUUGAUAUUUAAGUGAUCAAUAUUAUGCCGGGGAUUACACUGACAAUGAUAUUGUAUUCCUGAUAACAUACAGAGGAUUCUGCAGAGUUCUAUCAGCUCUGCUAUGCUGAUAGUAAUGACCAAGUGAGAGGAGCCAGCACCCCCCUCUGCUUUAAAACCCCAAAACACAGACUACUGCCUGGAAAACCACCACUUGGUCAUCACAACACAGGAACAAUACAAUGCACAAUAUCUCAAAUCCAAAGAUUGUGUUUUGAAGACCAUGCGUGAACUACUUGUCUUUAAAAGGCAGCACUCUCUGUUGGGAUUGAUGAUGUUCCUCACAAGAACAUAUUAGCUAAAAUGAUCCAUAGGAGAGGAUAUGUACAUGACAUGAUGUGUGUUUCUGAAUCUAGGAACAGGUAGAGUAAAGUGAGAGAGAGAAAGAAGAGCUGGUCAUGGAGAUAGAGCAACUGAAAGAGCAACAUGAGACUGAGAAGUGUCCUGAAGGAGCAACAGCAAGAGAUUGAUCGCCUCAAGUCUCUGACAUCCAUUCAUGAAAAAUAUGAACAAGCAUUGAUCAAGAUCCAACAGCUGAAGAAGGAGCAAGAGGAGUUGAAAGGGAAGGUUGAGGUCCAAAGUGUGGAGAUUGCACAGCUGACCCCAAGGCUCAAAUCUGAGCAGGAGACCCGCAGACUGGGGGAUUACAUUCAACUUCUACAGGAGGCUCGGACACAGUUGCACCAGGCUUCCAACAACACCCGCAGACGUGCAGAGAAAGCCGAGAGGGAACUGGAGGAGGUCUAUGAGCGCAUGGAGAGCACUUCCAUGACGUCUGCUCAGACCAAGCAGAAGAGCAGCAAACUAGAGAUGCAACUUUUAGAGUUACGCAGAAUCAUUGAGGAGAAAGAAAACAUUAGCAGAGAUGGCUAAAGUAGAAAAUGAGGAGUUGUCCAGAGAAAAUCAGGACCUCAGAAGAGAUAUUGAGAGACUUCGCAAGGAGUUCACUGACCUCCCGACUGCACCAGUGUCAUUGGAGCCUCCCAGCCCUUAUGGCUCUCCAGCUGACCCCACCCCUACUGAGGAGCAGCAGCUAGAUGUACUAUCUGAGACCCCAGACACUGCUCCAAACUCCGAGGAGGUAUGUAGAGUCAUUCCUAUGGUAUAAAUUCCCCAAUUACAUUCAACCCAAUUUUUCUUUGAGUGGAUGGUCAGGAAGCCAGAACAUAGUUAGAAAUCAUUUGUACACUUCAAAUUGACCUAAAGAAUCUCAAACAGAUAAAGUAUUUGACAAAAACAGAAUGAUUUCAAACCUUGAUUACAUGGGGAUACGAUCACAUGUAUCUAUUUAUACGUGGGAAUACUUGGGAACAGAUUUCCUAAAUUAAAAUCACUUUGGGCUGAUUUCCUGAUUUCCUUCUUCUAAAGUCUGUUAUGUGUGUUUGUGUUCUUUUUGUGGCUCAUAAAAAUCCCGGCGCGCCUAUAGGGGAACCCUGUUGUUAUACAUGGUACAAAUGCAGUUUACACGUUUACAACAAGAUAGACUAGUGAUUUGGGAUCAAAGGGUUGAUUUCACAAUGGUUUAUCCACCAUCAUUUCUGUACUACACUAUAGUGAACUAUCCAUCUAUCGGAUGUUACCACUUACAGAGCCUUCAGAAAGUAUUCACACCCCUUCACUUUUUACACAUUUUGUUUUGUUACAGCCUAAAUCUUAAAUGGAUUAUAUUGAGAUUUUUUCCACUGGCCUACACACAAUAUACCCCAUAAUGUCAAAGUAAACUUGUGUUUUUUUUACAUUUGAACAAAUUAGUUAAAAAUG